UUCAAGCCCAUAAACCGAAGCCAAUCCACAAGCAAGUUUGCUUGGUUUUUUUGCCAAAAGAAAUGGGCAAAGGAAAGAAGCCGGUGGAUCCGGUGCUCAGUGAGGAAGAGAGGAGGAUGCUCGAGGCCAUGCGUGAAUUUGAGAUCAUUACUAGAGAGUACUUGGCUCUGAUGGAGAGGAUGGCCGAGUGGUUGGAGGAUCUUGAAGGGGACGUGGGCUGUGCCUCGGCCCUGCAAGCUAGGGCUACAGAGCUUUCAGAUACCAUGAGGAGGUUCCUGCGACAGCUAGACUGGGACGACGACGAGGAUGCCAGCACCAGCGGGAGUAGUGGCCUGACGGACCUGGAGCCCGAGGAUACCCCCGCCGAUCCCAAGCCUGAUGAUGAAUCUUCUUCAUCCUCCCCUUGAGAGAUCGCGCAUGAUGAUGCGAGAACUGUAAGCGUCUGGAACAUGUGGAAUAAGCUUGGGAGCGUUCUGUCGUCAAGCGCUGUCAAACUCUCUUUUCAGCUUCCUGUGUAGCUGAAAUCGGCGAUGUUUUCUUUUCUCUGGAAAUUAAAUAAAAUGGGGGAUCGAACCGUGGUCUUCCGCAAGUUAAUCUUCUA